UCCUGUAAGGGUGCUUUUCAAAUAAAUUAAAUCAAUUAAACAUAAUAAAGAAUAUUUCACUCUUGAGCCUGUUACCAUAUAAAAUAUGACAAAUACGAUAUAUAGUUGAAUACAUAUAUCUAUGUAGAUAUGUAUGUAGAUAUGUAGAUAUAUUUCUGCUGCCGAACAGAUAACAACGAUUUGCAGUGAAUCUCUCACUGGCCAAAAUCAAUAUUAGAGUUAAAUGAAAAAGUUUCCAUUAAAAAUUAGUGAAUACUUGCUGAUUAUCGGUACAAUAUUGUUCCACUAAUUCAAUUAGUGACAUUUUCAUUGGAUCAACUUGAGAGAAUAAGGGUAGCGAUCAUAACUUUGCUCUUGUUUCUGACUUUUCGACGCGAUAAUGAAGGGAUUAUUCUUUUCGGCGAGCCCAGGAACUUUGCGGUUAUAUUAUCGCUUACGUUCGCCGCGAUUCGCUAACGAAGUUCGCUCAGGACGGCGAUCGUGCAAGUUUCAACGCGAACGGUGAAUAGUUUCACCUUUCCUUCGUUCAAGAAGUCACAUGACGCCAAACUCGUCGAACUCACGUGCAACUUUUCACGUUUCCGCUCUUAGAGAAGACUUACAUGAUCGAAAGCUUCGUUAGCGAGUUACGACAAACGUCGACGAUAAUACAACCACGAAGCUAUCGAGUUCGCCGAGUGGAAUAAUGCUCUCAUCAUCGCGUCGAAAAGUUCGAACUCGGGAUUGAUUGAGUGCGAACGAAAUCUCGAAUUCUCGAAUUCAGAUGAAUGGAAUAAUGCGGUCGGCACGUUAACGAAGAAACUCCGAAACUCGGCUCGCGCGCAUAUUGCUUUUUCGCGCUGCGGGGGGUGGUUGCGCGCGUCGCGAACGACAACCAACGAGUGGCUCGGCCAGCGUGACUUUAAAACUCCGUCACUGGUUUUGAUUAAUGCGACCGAGUCGGAUUUGCGACCGUGCGUUCUCGCCGCUUGUCGCUUCUGUCGAGCUCGCAGCAACCGUAGAACAAAGCUUCCGUGACCGGAAGUACAAUACCGGAAGUAUGUCUUUGAAUUUGACCACCGACCUGCCGGACAAUUCGACCGUCGCGCAAGCAUCGUCCGGUAUUUACAUUUUCGCAGCGAUUGUGCUCGGUUUCAUCGGUUUCUUUGGUUUCAUCCUGAAUCUGUUGGUCAUUCUUACGGUUGUUAAGAACGCGAAUGUACUUUGGACGCCCAACAACGUCGUGCUCGUCAACAUGGCCAUUGGAGAUCUGUUAGUAGCUGUGCUGGGGAACCCUAUCGCAAUGGUGUCGGCGAUCGCCGGUAUGUGGUACUGGAGCUACAAUAUGUGUCAGUGGUACGCAUGGUUUAUGACUACCAUGGGGUUUGCCAGUAUCGGUAAUUUAACAGUGAUGGCAUUCGAGAGGUUCCUACUGGUGAUACAUCCGAUGAGGACGUUAUCGAUAAAGCAUGCUUAUAUAUUGACGUUUCUAAUUUGGAUAUACGCGCUCUCCUUGUCGUUGCCGCCAUUUUUCAAUUGGGGAAAAUAUGGUUGGGAAGCAUGCAACAUAUCCUGCAGCGUGUCUUGGGAGCAGCACGAUCCCGAAAUGCACAACGAUACUUACAUCGGCUUUUUAUUCAUUUUUGGAUUUUUCGCGCCCGUCAUGAUAAUUAUUAGCAGUUAUUACAGCAUCAUCCGUACUUUGAGGAAUAUAAGUAGAAGAGUCCGUCGAAACAAUAAGAGAGAAACAAAGAUCACAAAAAUGGUGUUGCUGAUGAUCAUAGCUUUCCUGAUCGCCUGGAUGCCCUAUGCCGUGCUCGCGCUCGCAAUUCAAUAUUUUUACGUAGAAAUAUCGUCGAAUGUCGUAUCGGUGCUGCCGGCACUCCUCGCGAAAUCCUCCAUCUGCUACAAUCCUGUGAUAUACACGAGUCUGAACAUACAGUUCUUCCACGCCUGGAAGAAGAUGUUUUUCGGCAACGUUGAAAACCCGAAAAAAUCCAACAAAGAUAGCACAAAGAUGAUCACGGUGAACAAGAUAGAGAUGAAGACCCUCAAUUGCAUGUGAACGCUCUGAAUAAAAAAAUUAAAACGAGACACGCAUGGUACUAUAUACCCUUCGGAAACGGAACGAGAAGAAAGGAUUGAUUCUGCGCCGAGGGGAGGAUGAUUUUCCAGGAUACCGACGGUCCAUAAAGACGUAAUAUAGCUGGGCGAUCUUUUGUCCUUUCCUAAUCCUUUAUUCGCCACACUGCUUCUCGGUAAAAAAAAAAAAAAAAACAAGGAAAAGAAAAGAUAUCUCCCGCCGUCAUGAUCGAUAGACCAAGGAAAAGCAUACGACAAUUGAAUAACGACAUCGGAAGUCGCUUGACAGCACUUAGAGCGAAACUUGGGAAUUUAGGCUGUAGUAUGUGUAGUUAAGUGAAAGUGCGGCAUUUAUCAGCCAUCUCGUGUACGUCUGAUAUCACAACAUGGAAGGAAGCGCGAGUUGAAUAAAUGAUAGAGGAUAUACGUCAAUCGUCAUUGAACAAAUUAUUCGUAGUCACGGUAAUAUUUAUUUCUUGAGACAGAUUGGGGGAGGGGGGGGAGAAAAUUUGGCAAUACACUAUUCAAGAAGAAUGGUAGCAUCUUAAGAGACCUCACGCACACGACGAAUCCUCGAUCAUCGCGCCAUUUCAUACGAACACUCUCCUUCUUCGAAUAAAUUACCUAAAGAAUUACGCACCUGCCCGCGUAAGAGACUCCCGGACUUUCCGCGAAUGAGAAAGUUCUGCUCGUCCCUCUUUCUCUUUCUCUCUGCGUCAUCAUCGUCCGAAUACACAACUGUUCGUUCACGCACGUGGGAGGAAAAAUUUCAAUGUCGUAAGAGCUUCGGUGUUUGAUUAGGUCAUCUAUGUUCCCGCGAUUUGCAAGACGCACUCGGGAAAUAUUUCGUCGCGAUGUUGCACGUUACCUAUGGCCAUGAAAUACAUACCGUAUCAUGCAACUGAGGUGAUACGCGAGCGUCUAAUUCAACUCGUUAUGUGUGUGCAUGUGUGCAUUGCGUACAUGUGCAAAAAAUAAUUUGACACGUAUGCAUGUCUCGCAUUGUCGUUGGAACACGGUCUGUGAUUUCGUUA